AUGGCCUGGCAUACCCCGUUAUGCCCCUUUUUGCAUCGAAACAUUAUUGCCGUUCAGGUAAAUAAGAGAAGCUACCGAUAUUUCAAAACCAUUACAGGCAGCAAAUUAAGCGUUACAAAGAAAAGCAAAAAAUUAAGUUCCAAAACAGCAAAAUGUAUUAAUUACCAUUUUUUGAAGAAAAAAAAAGCUGAAGAACAAAUACAGUUUAAUGUCUUAAAAAGGAAGAAACUAAAAGAGACAACUUCUUCCCAGUUUCAUUUUACAUGUCAUAUUAAAAAUGGAGAAGUUGUCUUUUCGAAAAAUGGAAAUGUUUGGUUACGCGAGGACUCUUCCACUGCAGCAAGGACAAAUCUGCCAAGACUCUGGGAUGAGUACAUUCCCAAGAAGCAAUUCGGAUGCACACAGCUCCGGGGAGGAGAAGCUGUGGGUACACCUCUAGACAGAACAGUUGGAACAUCUCCAGACGGAUCAAUUUGCACACCUCCAGAUGGAUCAAUUUGCACACCUCCAGACGGAUCAAUUUGCACACCUCCAGCUGGAGAAACAUUUCGGUUUUUCCCCCUCACGAGCAUCAGGAAGGACAGAAAGGCAAAAGACUUAAAAAACAUGAAUAUGCUGAAUAGUGUUCUUGAGGUUGGAGAAAAGAGAGAAAUAUGUGACUUAUACCUGACAACAUGUUUAAUAAAUUUAUAUCAUGAUGACAAUUAUAAUUACCAGAUUUUAAAGAUGAUGAAAAAUAUCAAGUAUACACAAAAUUACAUGAACAUGCGUCAAAUAAGUUUAAUCAUUUACAACUUAUAUAAAUACACUUUCAUUAGUCAAAUAAAACAAAUAUAUUGUAAGGAUGAAAUUUCGAAUUAUGAAUGGUACUUAAAAUUAUUUUACAUAAUGGAAGAUGAUAUUUUCAUAAUUCCUAUUAACAAAGAGCAGAACACUUGGAAAAGUUAUAACUUUGUAGACAGUGGGUUAAUUAAAAAUUUCCUCAUAUCAUUAUCUCCAAAUAUUAAAAAGCAUAUGCAUUAUGAAAAUGACCUGAACACGUUAAGCAGGAUAAUUUUUGUGUACUCCUAUUUUGCAGUGCAUGAUACAAUGUUGCUUGAGAUGCUGAUUAGUAAAAUUUUUAAAUGCAUGUACAUGAAAAAAAAUAAAAAAAUAAAAUAUUUUUCCCUAAUCGCCUUAGCUUUUGAAAAAUUUAAAUUGUACAGUGCUAAAUUCAUCUUUGCAUAUUCUUCCAUUCUGACCAAAAAAAUAAUUAAAUUAACAAGGCAAGGUGAAAAAUUGCUCAUGAAUAGGAAAAAAAAGAAAAAAGCCAAAUUAAAACAUGUUAAUCUGUUUGACAUACACAAGAAACAGAAAAAAAUAUCCCUCAUCCCUUUGAAAGAUAUUUUUGCAUACAUCUAUAUAAUCAACAGAAACAAUGUAAAGAAUAACUAUUUCAUCAUCAGGUUAUUAAAGUAUACCAACUUGUUUUUUUCCAAAAAUGUGGAAGCACUUAAGGAACAUAGGGAAUCUGAAUAUCCAGGUCCUCAUAAUCUGCAUGGACAUAAUGACACUGCAAAGGCAAAUAUCCCUUUAAUUAAAAAUAUAAAAAGAGAAAUAUUUAAUAGUCAGCACUCUUUACAAAAAAAUAAUUUGUUAAUGAGUUCCUCACUGCGCAACAUUCUUUACACAAACAGGAAGAAACACAAAAAUAGACGUAUUAUUCUGGCAAUGCACGCCUUGCACAAAAUUAGUAAGUGUAGCUCUAGGAAAGAUCUGCAUAUCAGUUACUUUGCAAAUCGUAUAUGUCUUCACCAUGAGGAGGAGAAAAUUUUAUCUUCAAAAAAGUGUCAUGAACACAGAGAGGAGGUAGAGAAGAAAGAAAGGAAGAAAGAGGAAGAAAAAGAGGAAGAAAAAGAGGAAGAAAAAGAAGAGGAAAAAGAAGAGGAAGCAAAAGAGAAGUUCAACCGUGACGGGGUCAUGUGUAAUGAUGCGCGUGUCCAAAUAAAAAUAAGAAACAGGAAUUGUAACACACUUGGCUUACCUGACACUUCGAAGACACGUGAAGACUUAAUAAAAAAUGACAAACCUUCGAGAGAAGAAAACACAGACAAUGGAGGUUGCAAUAAUUCCCCCCCGUUGCACUAUGGGCCCGAUUCCACCGUCUUCAUUAACAAUAAGCAGAACUUGACAAAUUUUUACAAAAUGGAAAUUAUCCCAAUGGCAGUUUUUUUAUAUUAUCUGACUUCAUAUGAUUAUAUAUUUUUUAAAAAAAUGGACGAAUUUAACAAAUUAACAAAAUUGUAUAUGGACAUAGUCAGGUGUAGUAACAUAAAAAAUCUUCAUUUUUUUUACACGUACAGAAUUCUCAAAAUUAACGGAUACACAAAUAUAUACAAUAACUUUUUAACCAAAAUUAUAUACUCUUCCACUCUUUAUAAAUGUAAGCGAUACAUUAUCUUAACUAAGAGUGGUGUCUUACAAGAAACGUGUGCAUUGAAUGUAUGUUCAAGCGUUAUUCUCCUUUACAUUUAUAUUUUAAAAAAUAAAAUAAAGGACUACAAUUUGAAUGACGCCUUAAAUGAUUUUUUAGUUCAUUUCUUUUCUAAUUACAAUUCUGAACAAGUCAACUACAAAUUUGUAAUCCUAUGUUUGAAAUUGCUAUGUAUGUUAAAAUGUCCCUACAACAAGACGCUGCAAGGUGAUGAUAACACAAGCCUCACAUCACUUGGGAGACUAGGAAUAAGCGGGGAGAAAACAAAAACAAACAAUGAGAAAGUUGGAUUAUCCGAGAAUAUAAAUUUCCCAAUCGGAAAAGAAAAAAGCAGUAUUGAUAGAAAAUUAAGAAAUGCAUCAUCAUCACCAUAUAAUGAUAAAUUGCACUUUAUAAACUUAUCCAUUUUAACAAUUUUAAAAGGGAUAAAUUGGAAAUAUGUGGAUAAUUUAUCACUACUGAAAUGCUACAAAUAUAUGAACAGGCUCGUGGGGGAAAAAAAAAAUGGAAAAUAUUUUAUGAACAUGGUCAGGCAAAAUUUAAAAGUGCAAAAAAAAAUAAUCCACACGGUAAAGGAAAAAAUGUGCAACUUCAAUUUAGAGGAAUUGAUGAAGCUCUAUCUGUAUAGCAGAAACAAUUUUAAAAGAAGAACUCUCGUGUUGGAAAAUUUUUUUACAAAUUUGUUAUUAUCAAAUAGGAAUAUUGUCCAAAGAGGUGAUAACAACUUUUUCAUUUUAUUUUUCAAAACUGUAUUAACACAUGUUUACCUGAAUGAGGUGGGGAAUUUUUUUUUUUUUAAAAAAUCGAAUAUCAUUACGACAAAACUGAUGACAUUGUGUAAGAAUUAUAUCUCUACACAUAUCGAUAGCAUGAGGAGGAAGCACAUUUACUCCAUAAUUAUGCAAACUCUUCUUUAUUUAUGCACACUUUUGCAAAAAAAAAAAAACAGAAUUAAUUAUCAUUCUAUAAAGAGUAACCCCAUUGUAGAAAUCGUUGUAGACAUUGCAAAUACCACUUUGAAAAACUGGACAUUCACCAAUGAUGAAAGGAGUUUACUCAUUUAUGUAUGUUUACUUCGUUUCCACAAUAUUGCAAGGAAAAAUAAAAAAAUAAAAAACAUUUUUUUUAACAAAAAUGAUGAUAAAUAUUUUAUAGAAAAAUUUUCAAAAGUGUGUAUAGAGAAUGUUGAAAAAAUAUUCCUUUCCAAAUUUAAUCUAUCCGCUAUGACUUAUACGAAUCCAUUGCUUCUUUUUCUUUUAUUUAAACAUAAAAUAAUUAUACAUUACAACACAAAUAGGAAAGAUGAACGAGUUGUGCAAAAGCUCUUCAUCCGUGGAACUACACUUCAUCGAGGAAUGUUGAAUGUAGCAAUUGACACUCGAUUCAUUCGGUUCAUUUUUUAUACGAUAACGAAAAAUAACUUCAUCCUAAGGAGCAAACUUUUGGACGAUUUUGACAAUUUAUAUGUGCAUAAAAUUACAAUGAAGGAGCAGCUACCCCAGGAUAAUACUCACCAAUCAUUUACACAAAAAAGUACAUAUAAUCUAAGUGCAUGGAUUGAACUCAUGAUGAACAUGUCAACUAAUGAAGAUAACAAUUUGUGUAAAAGUAUCCUUUACAAUUUUGUUGCACGUAGGAAAUCAGUGGAAAACGCUGUAAAAAUCGCAAUAAGCAUGAACCAACCCAGGGGCGUUUUCCUGGUAGGACAUAUAUGA